AUGCUUGUCGACUUUCAGCGGAGAAAAAUCAACUGUUUAGUUUGCGUACAAGUCGUACAAGUGUUAGUGUCCUCCAGAGUUGGUCCUUUAGUUGUUUACCAAGGUCGAGUAAAUGGAGCACGGUAUAUUGAUAUUAUUAAUCAAAGUUUACCCGUAUUUACCAAGAAAAUGUUCAGAAGAAAUGAGAAAUGGUCAUUUAUGCAAGAUAACACACCUCGUCAUAAAAGUAAGUUUAGCAUGGCGAGGUUCGAAAUGAAGGAGAUGAAGAUUCUGGAGUGUCCGACGACAUCACCUGACCUAAAUUCCAUCGAAAAAUUAUGGGACAUAAUUGAUAAAAAAUUGAAUGGAGUAAAACCAACCAAUGCGCAAUAUCUUGAACAACUAAUACACAACAUUUGCUCUGAAAUUGAUCCAACAACUUGUCAACAGUUAGUUGAAUCGAUGCUUCGUCGUCUACACGCAUGUAUUAGUGUUAAGGGAGGAACAUCAGCAAAAUCUUGA